AUGCUAAUUGCAAAGCUUGGAUUGUUCUACAACACUCUAGAAUUUUUCAAAGUCGUCGGUGAAAGAUUUAUCUUCCAAGGAAAAGAACUUAAGGAUGAAGCUACAUUGGCUGAAUGUCGCAUUAAUGAUAACAGUACAUUUCAUCUUGUGUUAAAAUUAAGAGGCGGUAAACUUGUCAUUCGCCUUCGAUCUACAAGUGAUCAAUCAAUUUCAAAUGUUAACGUUCAUUUACAUAUUAAUCAUGCUUGGAACUUAUCAUGCAUCUAUCCAGAACCAUCAAUUACUGAUAAAGUUUCAUUUAUUGAAUGGAAUAAUAUUGAAGUAUAUCCCGAUGGUCAUUUAAUGAUGAAUCAACACUACAAACAAAGUUUAAAUUCUCAAUCUUAUCAUUAUCCUUUCAUUGACGAUGAAUUAGAAUAUAAAAUGCUCUUUUGGGAAGCAUUAACAAUUGAUACUUCAAUGUUCAAUAUUGAUCAUGGUCUAUGUGUAACUCGUACUGACUUUCCACGAGUACUCAAUUACCUCUUGAAAAAGAUGUCAUUUUCAUCAGAAGAUCGUGAUGAUAUGAUUACGUAUAUUUUGCCACACCUUGAUGAAAUUGAUCCAAAUCAUAUUCAAAAACAUGUUGUUUUUCGUUUUCUUUCUCCGAAUGAAUAUUCUAAUUUAGCUGCACUACAUGUUCGACCAGAACCCGAUCAAAUCAUUCGAGCAUUUCUUCUCUAUAUAUUCAAUAAUGAUGAACAAACAACAAUAUCAACAAUAGAAAACCUUGAUAAUGAAGUGAAGGAAAUCCUUCAUACAAAUUAUACUCCUCGGUGA